GGGAGAUGGCAAGAAGAUAUGGCUACAAGGAAGUCCUACCAUGCACGGCCAUGGUUGCAGUAGAGUGUUCCAAUGUAGUCAUAAACAUUCUAUUCAAAGCUGCUUCAUUGAAGGGGUUGAGCUACUACGUCUUCAUCGCCUACUCUCAUGUUUUAGGCACCCUUGUUUGCCUUCCUUUAAUCUUCCUCUUUAAUAGACAAACAGCGCUUCCUCCUUUGAAGUUCCCUCUCAUCUCUAGAAUUUGCCUUCUUGCUAUUCUUGGGUAUUCAGGUACGAUAUGCUCAUAUAGAGGUAUAGAACUUGGCUCUCCAACUCUUGCUUCAGCCAUCAGCAACCUCAUACCAGCUUUUACCUUCUUACUGGCUGUCUUCUUCAGGAUGGAAAAAGUAGCAUUUAGAAGUCCAAGUACUCAAGCUAAAAUCAUUGGCACCAUAAUAUCAAUAUCUGGUGCAUUAGUGAUUGUUUUCUACAAAGGCCCCAAAAUUAUUUCCUCUGUUUUACUUCAAUGGCCUCUAGGGUCGUCUCAAUCAAAUUGGAUCGUCGGAGGCCUCCUAGAAGCUGUUGCAUAUCUUCUUUAUUCAUUCUGGUAUAUUAUUCAGUCCCAAGUGAUGAAGAUAUAUCCAGAAGAGAUUGUUGUAAUUUUCUUUUGCAACUUGUCUGUGACCCUUAUAUCUCUACCAGUAGGCUUACUAGCAGAGCCAAACUUGAGCUCUUGGAGACUAACAACUAGUAUAGCAGAUGUUGCGGUCCUCUACUCGGGACUUUUUGGAUCCUCAUUUGGCAAUGUUGUUCACAUAUGGGGCGUACGCUUGAAGGGGCCUGUGUUUGUUGUACUUUUCAAGCCAACUUCAAUUGUCAUAGCAGAUGUUAUGAGCGCCAUAUUCCUUGGUGAAAAAGUGUAUUUGGGAAGUGCCAUUGGAGCUGUGAUCAUAACUGCUGGUCUUUAUGCUGCAUUAUGGGGGAAAGCAAAAGAACAAGAAAUGACAGAUGAUGACUCUGGUUUAAGCACCUUAGGACCCCUGUCUCGUGGUACGGUCCCAUUGCUGCAAAGCUAAAAAGUUGGUGAAAUGUAGCAGAAAUGUUUUAGCCAUUUAGCAUGGGGCAAUGGCCAAUGUUUUCACACUCAUGGGCAUGCGAAAACAUCAAUGUUCAAUGCCUGCAGAUAUUGGGAACAAAAGGUUUAAUGAGUUUCUUGGAUCAAAGUUGAGAACAUUGUACUUCAGCUUUCACCAGAAAUUACGUCUGUGAUAGUUUAUAUCAAAAAAAUUCUGAUCAAAUAAAGCCCAAAAAAUUCAUGCAUAAUUGAAAAACAAAAAUGAAUCAGCCCAACUAUGGAUGAAAAUCAGCAAUGACCAACCUCUUAAAAUGAGUUUCAUUUUUUUGGUGAUUGAAAAAGAUUAGAAGAUUGUUAUAAAAAAAGCCAACAUUGUUUAUCUUUUGGAGACAGGUUUUCCGGUCAAAUAUACCCAUUAUAGAAUAUAGCUCACCAACUCUUGCUUCAGCCGUCCGCAACCUCUCACCAGCUUUUACCUUGAUACUCGCUGUCCUUUUCAGGUUUCUUGCCUUCUUUGAUCUCAUCAGUGUUGCUUUUUCCAUGCAUAUACAGUUUUAUCUCAAGCAUAAUAAUAUUCCUAUACUCCUAUUAACUUCAACUUCAUACA